CAGGCUGCUGGGAAGCCGCCUCUCUCCUCUGGGUCUUCCAGUUUCCCGGCGUGCUUCAGGCCCGCCAAAUGGGAGGGGGAGAAGCAAGAUGGCGGCAGCCGCGAACUCCGGCUCCAGCCUCCCGCUGUUUGACUGCCCGACCUGGGCAGGUAAACCCCCUCCUGGUUUACAUCUGGAUGUAGUCAAAGGAGACAAGCUAAUUGAGAAACUGAUCAUUGAUGAGAAGAAAUAUUACUUAUUUGGGAGAAACCCUGAUUUGUGUGACUUUACCAUUGACCACCAGUCUUGCUCUCGGGUCCACGCUGCCUUGGUCUACCACAAGCAUCUGAAGAGAGUUUUCCUAAUAGAUCUCAACAGUACACACGGCACUUUCUUGGGUCACAUUCGGUUGGAGCCUCACAAGCCUCAGCAAAUUCCCAUCGAUUCCACGGUCUCAUUUGGUGCAUCCACAAGGGCAUACACUCUGCGUGAGAAGCCUCAGACAUUGCCAUCGGCUGUGAAAGGAGAUGAGAAGAUGGGUGGAGAGGAUGAUGAACUCAAGGGCUUACUGGGGCUUCCAGAGGAGGAAACAGAGCUUGAUAACCUGACGGAGUUCAACACUGCCCACAACAAGCGGAUUUCCACUCUCACCAUUGAGGAGGGGAAUCUGGACAUUCAGAGACCAAAGAGGAAGAGGAAGAACUCACGGGUGACCUUUAGUGAGGAUGAUGAGAUCAUCAACCCAGAGGAUGUGGAUCCCUCAGUUGGUCGCUUCCGGAACAUGGUGCAGACUGCAGUGGUCCCAGUCAAGAAGAAGCGGGUGGAGGGCCCUGGCUCCCUGGGCCUGGAGGAAUCAGGGAACAGGCGCAUGCAGAACUUUGCAUUCAGUGGAGGACUCUAUGGGGGCCUGCCCCCCACGCACAGUGAAGCCGGCUCCCAGCCGCAUGGCAUCCACGGGACAGCACUCAUCGGUGGCUUGCCCAUGCCAUACCCGAACCUCGCUCCUGACGUGGACUUGACUCCCGUCGUGCCGUCAGCAGUGACCAUGAACCCUGCACCAAACCCUGCCGUCUAUAACCCUGAAGCUGUCAACGAACCCAAGAAGAAAAAAUAUGCAAAAGAGGCUUGGCCGGGCAAGAAGCCCACACCUUCCUUACUGAUUUGAUAUUUUUGGUAAUGGAGGAGGGUGGGAUUGGGUGGGAACAGGGUGGAAGGGUGAUGGGGGAGCUAAUGAAUUAGGGAGAAAAACUUUCCAUGUGUGCAGUAUCGUCUUUCAGAAUGUCUCCUGGGGUCCUAAGCAUGUAAUAUUAAAACUGGGGGUGGGGUUGAAGUAUCCCAGAAAGACCUGUCUUCAGAGCACUUUCAUUGAAGAGCAAUGGUUCAUACAUCCUUUUAAAUAGACUGCCCUGGCUCUUUUCCACUCUUUCCAUUAUCUCCUUUUUUCUUUUCUCCCUCUUUCUAGGAUCACUUUUAAAAAAAUCAUUUACCCCAGGGAGAGACUCCAGGCCCUCAGGUUGAAUGUAGAGCUGUGGAGGUGACAGUAGCAUUGCCAGCUUUGUGGGUUUAGCAGCCUGAUUUAUAUUUACUAUCCUGCAAGUCCCAGGUAGCAGAAGGGUUGCCACGGAUUCUAGGUUAACAAGAGGGUUUAGAAUGCUUCAGUUAAGCUAAGGUUUAAAACAACUCAGAAGUUUUCCUGGGUCGGUGGUUUUGAGGUCCAGUAGUUAGGCUUUUCUCUUUUGUCCUUUCUGUUAGAAUGAGAACAUUUUGAUUUUUCUCCAUCUGUGACCAGUGCCAUAGACACAGGUUGAUAGUUUUAAACUUACAGUAUUGUUUGAACUUUACCUGUUUUUCUUGUCAAACCUGAGUACUCCACUUGCUGAAGUUUCUCAUUUGAUUCCAGAGUACUGUCCUCUACUCUCUAAGGCAUUACUUUCAAGUGUGUUAUGAAGGCAAUAUAAAGGAUAUGACCAGUUAGAGCAAUUUCAAUUAAAAAGGAAAAGAUUUUACUUUGAAGUAACGGAUAUCUCGAAGAGGACAUUUUCGGAUGUUGAUUUGGAGGCUCUUUCCCCCCUUGACCGAGAGCUCUCGUUGUCCAGAGCUCCAAGACUAGACCUGGUUAACAAACAUAGGAGACAAAGGUAGGACACAUAGAUGUGAGCUUUGUACAGAGAUUUGUACAUUUGUGUAAUAGGGCUUUUCACGCUUUAUGUGUAGCUUUUUACCUGUAACCUUUAUUACAUUGUAAAUUAAACGUAACUUUUGUCAUU